AUGCUGCUUUGCAUUGUGGUGAGCAAUGUAACGACCGUGAGAUUUCUGAACCACUCCCUCCAAUUCAGCGUUGGUUUCUCAGACUCGCUUCCUGAGAACUUGGUGAUUUUGCAGACCACCGGGUCUGGGUGCGACAUGCGAGCCGUCGAUUUUGACGAGGAUGGUGACCUGGAUCUCGUUAUGGGUGAAAGCAAAAAAGACAAAUGGCGGCCCAGAUUUCACAGAUACUUUGAUCGAAUAUCAAAUGAUGUAUUGGAGGAGCUCACUGGAGAGCAGAAUCCCUUAGAGGUCUUUGGAGGCCAAGUGCAAGAAAUAGCUGACCUGGACGGUGAUGCGCGCAAGGAUGUAAUCGUGACUGACCACGAAGACGAUGAGCCGUAUAUUCCUUUCGGAAGAAAAAGUUUUGGAUGGCGAUGCUUCCGUCGUACAGCUGCUGGUACUUUCUUGGAGCCGCAGGAGAAUCCACUCGGAGAGAUCCAAUUCACAAGAACAUCGUGGAAGAACUUUGAGGUGCACGUGGACACUAAUUUUGGCAAAUGGAAUGUGAGGGCUUAUCAGCAUGUUGUGGACCUAGACCUGCGGCGCAAUACUCACUUUGACGCCUACAAGGAGAUCAGGCCUGGGAUCCAAUUCAGCUUUGCCACUGUAGACUGGAACAGGGAUGAACUUGAGGAUGUGGUGAUUAUGCAAUACAACAAGAACAAAGGGCACUUGGAGUUGCUCUUGUAUGAGUUUCAGUUCGACGCCAUGAAGGAAAUUGCUGGGAUUUUUGACAACGUUGCCCAGAGCAUGAAGGGUUCGGAUGUUGGCAGGAACUUUGUGACUCUGAUUGACUGGGAUCUAGAUGGGGACCUCGACCUCCUCAUAUCGUCCGCAUUUGAUGGCAAAUUGCAUUAUCAUGAGAUGGUCUCUGGGAGUUUCCAGGAAGAGGCUUCAUCGAAGAUUCUUCAUUUUGACAGCAAAGCUAAGGAUGGUGACCUGGAUCUAUUUCUGAGUCCACCAGACGGUCGAUACUUUGAGCAGUUGGCAGAUGGAAGUUUGUAUGAGUGGCCAGUUGAGCAAAGCCCUUUGGUGCGUGGUGUGAACCCCGCCUUUUUUAAUACAGCGGACCCCGAUUUGUAUGGCGUCUCUUGGCAUUUUGUGGACUGCGAUUCAGAUGGCGAUUUUGACCUAGUCUUUAUACCUCAAGCCAGGGGCUUUCCCUCGAAAAUCAAAGAGCACAAUGCCACACAUGAGUUACAACGCGGCACUGGUCUGUGCUUGGGUACAAAUCUCAGUCAGUACCGGGGAGGAGCAGCAGCCUUCAACAAGAACGUCUUUUCUGUUUCGAAUGGCCAGCUGAAGUACUUUGUGCAUCGCGCCUACCCCCUGGGAGAAGUUGCUGGGGAUUCCAUCGAACAAUGGGCUCCUGGAUUUUGCAUGCCAACUGACCCUUGCCAUGAAAAAGGAAUUUGUGCGUUUGGGCAGACGCAUUGCAGCUGCAUUGUGGGCCACAAAGCAGCCGACUGCUCAGGCUGCCAGCAACAGUAUUAUCAUAGCGCACGCUCCCAGAAGCUGAAGGCGCCAGAUUGCAAGGCGUGUCCUGGUGAUGGCCAGGUUUGUUUUGGUCGUGGUUCUUGCUUCGAUGACGUGGUGGCUAAAGGUCUUGAGGAGUCUACAGCUGCAUGGAUGGCCACCGGCAAUGGUUCAUGUAGCUGCCAUGAAGCCAGUUUUAAUGGUACAGAUGCCGAGAGCCGAAAUACAUGCAUGAAUGGAAAUUGCCCUGCUGGCACUGAAGAGAAGGCUGGUAGAUGCAGUCUUUGUCUUGGUGGAUCUUUCUCCAUUGCUGGGGGCCUUUGCGCAAAAUGCAGUGCUGGGAAGUUCUCCGUAGACGGAAGCAGCACAUGCUCAAGUUGCUAUCCUGGAAGAGUUGCGAGAGAACCAGGCAAUUCAAGCUGUGCAGCUUGUCCGGCCGGAAAGCAUGAAAUGGACAAGCAGUUUUGCGCCCUUUGCCCAGAGGGCACCACUUCAGAAGCAGGUAGCAGCUCUUGCAGCCCGUGUGAUGCUGGCCGUUUUGCCAAAGAGUCCGUCUCAUGUGAGCUAUGCCCUGGUGGGAGUUAUGCUGGCCGUGGAAGCAGCAGAUGCCUGAGGUGUCGUGUGGGGAGCGUCUCAACUCCAGGCAGUGCUGUGUGCAGGAGUUGUGAUGGCCUACUCGUCCGAGCCAGCUCUGAUGAGAUGAAUCAAACAUGCCAAGUGGACAUGCUGGACAUUGUUUGGGGCUUGGUUUGCUGGUUGGCCGCGGCCACGUUCUGCUUCCUGUCUCUGACUUGUUUGAUGGGUCGUCUUCCCAUUUCAGAUAUCUCCGUGCAGAGUGAGAAGCUGGUGAUCACCACCGCCGUGGCGCACUACCUUCUCAAACAAGCACAUCCUUCUGUAUCUUUUACUGGCACUGGUGUACCCGCCUUGGAUGCGAUGGCGGCAUGGAAGGUGACAGUCUUGAGCUUGUACCAACUUACGCUGCACGGCGAGCAGGUCUCCAUGCCGUUGGAUACAUCAAUGGGGCAUUUGCACCUCAAACUACAGCACCGAUUGUUGUCUGUGGGGAUGUGGCAUUGCCCAGUCAUUGUAUGGUGCUUGUUCUUCGUUGCGGUCGCUGCAGGCGCCGCAACCCAACUCAAGUGGUCUCUGGCUCUUGUGGCGUGGGGUCUUGGUCUUUGCACAGGCAUCUUGGCCUUUGCGUUGCGGCGAAGGCACGGCAAUGCUCAUUAA